GCAUCCCCACCUCGGCGGCAUCCCCGUGCGCCCUCGCGAGCGCAGCCCCUCCGAGCCGGGGCGCCCGGGAAGAUGGAUCCGGGGACCCGGGCCCGCUCGGGUGCCCCGCAGCCGGCCGCCCCGGGGCUGUGCAGGGCUCGGCCGGCGGGCGGCGGGGGCGCCUCCUCCUGGCUGCCGCUGGACGGGAACAGCUGGCUGCUGUGCUAUGGCUUCCUCUACCUGGCGCUCUACGCUCAGGUGUCCCAGUCCAAGCCCUGCGAGAGGACUGGCUCCUGCUUUUCUGGGCGCUGUGUCAACUCCACCUGCCUGUGCGACCCGGGCUGGGUGGGGGACCAGUGCCAGCACUGCCAGGGCAGGUUCAAGUUAACAGAACCUUCUGGAUACUUAACAGAUGGCCCAAUUAACUAUAAAUAUAAAACUAAGUGUACAUGGCUAAUUGAAGGCUAUCCAAAUGCAGUGUUAAGGUUAAGGUUCAAUCAUUUUGCUACAGAGUGCAGCUGGGACCAUAUGUACGUCUAUGACGGGGACUCAAUCUAUGCACCGUUAGUAGCUGUUCUUAGUGGCCUGAUCGUCCCUGAAGUAAGGGGCAACGAGACGGUGCCCGAGGUUGUCACAACGUCUGGCUACGCGCUGCUACACUUUUUUAGUGAUGCUGCGUAUAAUCUAACUGGAUUCAACAUUUUUUAUUCAAUCAAUUCUUGUCCUAACAAUUGCUCUGGUCACGGGAAGUGUACAACGAGUGUGUCUGCGGCAAGCCAAGUGUACUGUGAGUGUGAUAAGUACUGGAAAGGGGAGGCCUGCGACAUCCCUUACUGCAAAGCCAACUGCGGCAGCCCCGACCACGGCUACUGCGACCUCACAGGAGAAAAGCUCUGCGUCUGCAACGACAGUUGGCAAGGUCCAGAUUGUUCUCUGAAUGUCCCUUCUACCGAGUCUUACUGGAUUUUGCCCAAUGUUAAGCCCUUCAGCCCCUCUGUGGGUCGGGCUUCCCAUAAAGCAGUUUUACACGGGAAAUCUAUGUGGGUGAUUGGAGGGUAUACGUUUAACUACAGUUCUUUUCAAAUGGUUCUGAAUUACAAUUUAGAAAGCAGUAUAUGGAAUGUGGGCGCUGUAUCCAGGGGCCCUCUUCAGAGAUAUGGACAUUCUCUUGCUCUAUAUCAGGAAAACAUCUUUAUGUAUGGAGGCAGAAUCGAAACAACUGAUGGCAAUGUCACCGAUGAGCUGUGGGUCUUUAACAUCCACAGCCAGUCAUGGAGCACAAAAACCCCCACAGUUCUCGGACACGGCCAGCAGUAUGCCGUGGAGGGACAUUCAGCGCACAUCAUGGAGCUGGACAGCAGAGAUGUUGUCAUGAUCGUGAUAUUCGGCUACUCCGCGAUAUAUGGCUAUACCAGCAGCAUACAGGAAUACCACAUCUCAUCAAAUACUUGGCUGGUUCCGGAAACCAGAGGAGCUAUUGUACAAGGUGGAUAUGGCCACACAAGUGUGUAUGAUGAAGUAACCAAGUCCAUUUACGUCCACGGAGGCUAUAAAGCGUUACCAGGCAACAAGUACGGGCUGGUGGAUGACCUUUACAAGUAUGAAGUUAACACCAAGACUUGGACUAUUUUGAAAGAAAGUGGGUUUGCCCGAUACCUUCACUCAGCUGUUGUUAUCAAUGGAGCUAUGCUUGUUUUUGGAGGAAACACCCACAAUGACACUUCCCUGAGUAACGGUGCAAAAUGUUUUUCUGCCGAUUUCCUGGCAUAUGACAUAGCUUGUGAUGAAUGGAAAACAUUACCUAAACCGAAUCUUCACAGAGACGUCAAUAGAUUUGGGCAUUCUGCAGUUGUCAUCAAUGGGUCAAUGUAUGUAUUUGGUGGAUUUUCUAGCGUCCUCCUUAACGAUAUUCUUGUGUACAAGCCUCCAAACUGCAGAGCUUUCCGAGAGGAAGAGCUCUGUAGAAACGCCGGUCCAGGAAUAAAGUGUGUUUGGAAUAAGAAUCACUGUGAAUCUUGGGAGUCUGGGAACACAAAUAACAUUCUCAGAGCGAAGUGCCCUCCCCGGACAGCUGCUUCUGAUGACAAAUGUUAUAGAUAUGCAGAUUGUGCCAGCUGUACUGCCAAUACAAAUGGCUGCCAAUGGUGUGACGAUAAGAAAUGCAUUUCAGCAAAUAGUAACUGCAGCAUGUCUGUCAGAAACUACACCAAAUGUCAUGUAAGAAAUGAGCAGAUUUGUAACAAACUCACGAGCUGUAAAAGCUGUUCACUGAACUUGAAUUGCCAGUGGGAUCAGCGGCAGCAGGAGUGUCAGGCUUUGCCAGCUCACCUUUGCGGAGAAGGCUGGAAUCACGUUGGGGACGCUUGUCUUCGAAUCAAUUCCAGUCGAGAGAGCUAUGACAACGCGAAGCUUUACUGCUAUAAUCUGAGUGGGAAUCUCGCCUCCCUGACAACUUCCAAGGAGGUGGAAUUUGUGCUGGAUGAAAUACAGAAGUUCACACAGGAGACAGUGUCCCCUUGGGUGGGCUUACGCAAGAUCAACGUCUCCUACUGGGGAUGGGAGGACAUGUCUCCUUUCACAAACACGAGCCUGCAGUGGCUUCCGGGUGAGCCGAACGACUCUGGAUUCUGUGCCUACUUAGAAAGGGCUGCGGUGGCCGGGCUGAAGGCGAACCCCUGCACAUCCAUGGCAGAUGGCCUUGUCUGUGAGAAGCCUGUAGUAAGUCCAAAUCAAAAUGCAAGGCCGUGCAAGAAGCCGUGCUCCCUGAGGACCUCUUGCUCCAACUGCACCAGCAACGGCAUGGAGUGCAUGUGGUGCAGCAGCAGAAAGCGCUGCGUGGACUCCAACGCUUACAUCAUCUCGUUUCCGUACGGACAGUGCCUGGAGUGGCAGACUGCCACCUGCUCUCCUCAGAAUUGCUCUGGAUUGAGAACGUGUGGACAGUGCUUGGAGCAGCCUGGCUGUGGCUGGUGCAACGACCCCAGUAACACUGGGAGAGGGUACUGCACUGAAGGGUCUUCCCGGGGGCCCAUGAGACUGGGCGGCACGCACAGGAGCGACGUGGUUCUUGACACCAGCCUUUGCCCCAAGGACAAGGACUAUGAGUGGUCGUUUAUCCAGUGUCCAGCUUGCCAGUGUAACGGACACAGCACGUGCAUCAGUAACAACGUCUGUGAGCAGUGUAAGAACCUCACCACUGGGCAGCAGUGUCAGGAGUGCAUGCCAGGGUAUUAUGGAGACCCGACCAAUGGCGGGCAGUGCACAGCUUGCACGUGCAGUGGCCAUGCAAAUGUUUGUCAUCUGAACACAGGAAAGUGUUUCUGCACGACCAAAGGAAUAAAAGGUGACCAAUGCCAAUUAUGUGACUCUGAAAAUCGCUAUGUUGGUAACCCACUCAGGGGGACAUGUUAUUACAGUCUUCUGAUUGACUACCAGUUUACCUUCAGCCUUCUCCAGGAAGAUGAUCGCCACCACACCGCCAUCAACUUCAUAGCCAACCCAGAGCAGUCAAACAAGAAUUUGGACAUUUCAAUCAAUGCUUCCAACAACUUUAAUCUCAACAUUACGUGGUCAGUUGGCUCAACAGGUGGGACAAUAUCUGGAGAAGAGACUCCAAUAGUCUCUAAGACAAAUAUAAAGGAAUACAGAGAUAGCUUUUCCUACGAGAAAUUCAACUUCAAGAGCAACCCUAAUAUCACGUUUUAUGUGUAUGUCAGCAACUUUUCCUGGCCUAUUAAAAUCCAGAUUGCGUUUUCACAACACAAUACAAUCAUGGAUCUUGUGCAGUUUUUUGUCACCUUCUUCAGUUGUUUUUUGUCCUUACUGCUGGUGGCUGCUGUGGUCUGGAAGAUCAAACAAACGUGCUGGGCUUCUCGACGGAGAGAGCAACUGCUUCGAGAACGACAGCAGAUGGCCAGCCGUCCCUUUGCUUCUGUUGAUGUGGCACUGGAAAUAGGAGCCGAGCAGACAGACUUCCUGCGAGGGCCGUUAGAGGGCGCACCUAAGCCAAUAGCCAUCGAACCCUGUGCUGGGAACAGAGCUGCUGUCCUGACCGUGUUUCUCUGUCUACCGAGAGGGUCAUCGGGUGCCCCACCCCCUGGGCAGUCAGGCCUUGCUAUUGCCAGCGCCCUGGUAGACAUUUCGCAGCAGAAGCCUUCCGACAACAAAGACAAGCCUUCCGGAGUCCGCAACCGGAAGCACCUCUCCACGCGCCAAGGAACUUGUGUCUGAGAAUGGGGACCGCGUGCAUGCCAUGUGCCGGUUUACUUCACAAUGGCUUCCGUUAAAGCUGUUCUGUGGCCUUGGGUCUUACAGGGGAUAGUGGCCUAGGACCCAGGGCCCAGGCACAGUUCCCUCUAAGUGGGCAAUGUCCCAAGUGGGCCAGAGAG